UCCCUGCGGACUCACCCGUGCACGCUCCUGUCCCGCGGUGCAGCUAUGGCGCGGAAGUCGAACCUGCCUCUGCUUCUUGUGUCCUAUCUGCUCGGGCCGGCCCUUGUUCGCAGCUGCAGCCCUCUGCCCCUGGUCAUCAACACCUGGCCUUUUAAGAAUGCCACCGAAGCAGCCUGGAGGACAUUAGCAUCUGGAGGGUCUCCCCUGGACGCGGUUGAGAGUGGCUGUGCUCUGUGUGAGAAGGAGCAGUGUGAUGGCACUGUAGGCUUCGGAGGAAGUCCUGAUGAAUUUGGAGAAACCACACUGGAUGCCAUGAUCAUGGAUGGAACGACUAUGGAUGUAGGAGCAGUAGGAGCUCUUAGAAGAAUUAAAAGUGCUAUUGGUGUGGCUCGAAAAGUACUGGAAUAUACAACACACACACUUUUAGUAGGAGAAUCAGCUACUAAGUUCGCUGAAAGCAUGGGAUUUAUCACUGAAGACUUAUCCACCGAUGCUUCUCGAGCUCUUCACUCAGAUUGGCUUGCUCGGAACUGCCAGCCAAAUUAUUGGCGGGAUGUUAUACCAGAUGCUUCAAAAUACUGUGGGCCCUACAAACCCAAGCCACAUAGUAUUUUAAAACAAGAGGAUCCUACCUACAAAGAAAAAGAUCAUUGCGGUCAUGAUACGAUUGGUAUGGUUGUAAUCCAUAAGACAGGACAUACUGCUGCUGGCACCUCUACAAAUGGUAUAAAAUUCAAAAUACCUGGCCGUGUAGGAGAUUCCCCCCUCCCUGGAUCCGGAGCCUAUGCCGAUGACACUGCAGGGGCGGCGGCAGCCACGGGGGACGGAGACGUCCUGAUGCGCUUCCUACCAAGCUACCAAGCAGUAGAGUACAUGAGGCAAGGAGAAGAUCCAACCAUAGCUUGCCGAAAAGUGAUUUUAAGAAUUCAGAAGUAUUUUCCGAAUUUCUUUGGAGCCGUUAUAUGCGCAAACGUGACUGGAAAUUAUGCUUUAGGCCUGUCCUUUCCAUCACUUACUUUCUGUGUGACCAUAUCAGCGUUUCAAAGCAUUUCAAGAUCAACCACUGCUGGUUCUCAUUAGUGAGUUUUCAGAUGCAGAAGAUACACAGCUUACUGAUCAAUAUGACUUAUUAGGUUAGACUGCUUAUUAUUGUUCUUUGAUCUUUCACUUCCCACAGUUCUGUAUUUGAAAAACUUGUUUGAGGAAUCCCUUAUCAUUUUCUAAGAACUGAGAUACAAAAGUCAAUAGAGUUAUGGGGUGAGGGAAGUUUUAUGUAUAAAAUAAGUUGGUUUCAUUGAUUCUCUCUUAAGAAAUAAAACAUAGAAGGCACGAAGUUAGAUUUAGCAGGGUGUAAAAAUAUUAAUUU